GUGGCGGGCAGGCGGGCGGCGCUCAAGAUGGCGGCCGAGAUCCACUCGCGGCCGCAGAGCAGCCGGCCCGUGCUGCUCAGCAAGGUGGAGGGGCACCAGGACGUGGUGAGCGCCGCGCUGCUCAUCCCCAAGGAGGACGGCGUCAUCACCGCCAGCGAGGACAGAACAAUCCGAGUAUGGCUGAAGAGAGACAGUGGGCAGUACUGGCCCAGCAUCUACCACACCAUGUCAUCUCCAUGCUCAGCCAUGGCUUACCAUCAUGACAGCAGACGGAUAUUUGUAGGUCAGGAUAACGGAGCUAUCAUGGAGUUUCAUGUUUCGGAAGACUUCAAUAAGAUGAACUUUGUGAAGACCUAUCCAGCUCAUCAGAAUCGAGUAUCUGCUAUUAUCUUCUGCCUGGCCUCAGAGUGGGUCAUCAGUACGGGUCAUGACAAGUGUGUCAGCUGGAUGUGCACCCGAAGUGGGAGUAUGCUGGGAAGACAUUACUUCACUUCUUGGGCUUCGUGUCUACAAUAUGAUUAUGAAACUCAGCAUGCCUUUGUUGGUGACUAUUCUGGACAGAUCACACUUCUCAAGCUUGAGCAGAACACAUGCUCGGUUAUCACGACACUCAAAGGGCAUGAAGGAAGCAUUACUUCCCUGUGGUGGGAUCCUGUUCAACGACUGCUCUUCUCAGGUGCCUCUGACCACAGCAUUAUCAUGUGGGAUAUUGGUGGAAGGAAGGGACGAACGCUGCUGCUCCAGGGCCAUCACGACAAGGUGCAGGCUAUCUGCUAUCUCCAGCUGACACGACAGCUGGUAUCCUGUUCAGCUGAUGGGGGAAUUGCUGUUUGGAACAUGGAUAUCAGCCGAGAAGAGGCACCCCAGUGGCUAGAAAGUGAUUCCUGUCAGAAGUGUGAGCAACCCUUCUUCUGGAAUAUCAAGCAAAUGUGGGACACAAAGACUUUAGGAUUGAGACAGCAUCAUUGCAGAAAAUGUGGACAAGCAGUGUGUGGCAAGUGCAGUACCAAGCGGUCAAGCUACCCCAUCAUGGGAUUCGAGUUCCAGGUCCGUGUCUGCGAUUCCUGCUUUGAGUCCAUCAAGGAUGAGGACCGUACUUCCUUGGCAACCUUUCAUGAAGGAAAACACAACAUUUCACACAUGUCCAUGGACAUCUCCAGAGGGCUGAUGGUGACCUGUGGGAGCGACCGGGUUGUGAAGAUUUGGGACAUGACACCAGUAGUUGGUUGCAGCCUUGCAGCUGGCUUCUCUUCACGCUGAUCUCCCGCCAGAGAGGUUUAUGCACCUUAUGUACAGCAAUAUGCAUCAAAUGAAUGAAAUCCUUCUAAGAAUGCUACGGCAGACACCGGUUGCUUGGUUCUUCUCCUGCUGCUCUUCCAGGAUGGACGGACAGUCAUCUUUGUAGAGGACAGCUUUUCUGUUGGGCUCACCAGGAAUCUCCUUGGUGUGGAAAUGCAGUUCCACGGCCUCUGGGACUAACGUAAAACGGCUUCCCUGCAACGUGACACCUUCAAAAAGGACCUGUUGUUACUGGUUUACAUGUAGUGUUAACAACGUGCUCUCUCUGCUGGUGCAUCUUGUAUAAAUACCUUGUAGCUAAAGCAUUAUCAGCGUAAAACACGUUUAGUUAAUUCGAUUCGUGCAAAUAGUGAAGUAACUUAUUCUCUCUUCCAAAAAGCAAUUCUGUAGAAAUACUUUUGAGCAGUCACUGUCUAAACUGUCUCCAAAAGGUAUACUGGUUAUUCCUAUGGAAGGAGGAAAUACUUUUAAAAUGGCAGGUAGCUUCUUUCUGAUGAGAUAGUAGGAGAACCUUUGGUCGUGCAAGAUUUCCUUUAUUGGCUUUCUUGUAGUGUUUGUCUUCAAGUUGAGUUAUUAGUGAAAUCACUUUUGUGGGACGCCUGUUCUGUUUAGGUAGCUGGCAAAUCUUCCAACAAUUCUAAGCUCUUAAAUAGAUUUUAGCCUAGGUAACAAAUUUCUGUACUUCUUAUUAAAAUGUAUAGCUCAGCUACUCUAGUUUAAAAACAGGUUAUAGGUAUGAACCAUUUACUUUGACAGCUCUAUAAGGCUGUUAGAAUGGGAAGCUAAACAAAUCUGCCUUGUUAAGUGCAAUGGCUAAGAGAAAAUGGCCAGAUAAAGUUUAGAGACUUUUUCCUGUGGAAAGGCUGACGAUUCUUUAAUGGUAAGGAACCUGUCUCUGCUAAAGUGCAGCAUAAUUCUAAGUAUUGCCUUGGUGUUGCUUAAAACUGACAAAUACUGAGGCUUUCCAAAGCAAUAAUUGCUGAUGUACAGAAAGCUGCAUCCCCCACCCUUGGGUCUGUAAUCCUGAGAUGUCCAUACUGAUCCAUUCCCAUCACAAAGCUGAGAAGAAGUGUGAAGAAGAGCUGGGAGGCUCUAUGGUUGUGCAAUUGGCUCUUACAGGGAAUUGCUACUGAGGCAGUGCCAAGGCAUUGGCCUGUCAGCUGUAUGAAUCCAUUUGAAUGCCAAGAGGAACUUGCUUUGAAAUGCUCUGAAAGCCAAGGCAGUGUGGCACAGAGCUUAAUUUGGGAGGGUUUUUAGACCUUUUCUGAAGCAGGUGCUCACUGUGAGGACAGAAAAAUCAAAUAGGUCACCUGGCCCAGCGUGAGUGGUGGUGCGGAACCAUCACAACUAAGGGGCCCUUUCUGGCAGAGGACUAGGGGGUUUCACUGUCUUCAUUACAGCAACAAAGAAGUGGUGCUAUGAUAGUUAGUGAUCUCAGCUCCUAGUUCUCUAGCUUGAUGGUGAUAUUCUCUGGACCGUGCUGUAGCUAAUAUCUGAAGAUCAGUGUUGUAGCUAAUACAUCAUGGUCCACUUCUGCCUUGAGCCAAAAAGCUGAUAGUGUCCAACACGGGCAUUAGAAUGCAGACUAUAUUAGUUACUGUUAUCCUAGGUCUGGCUUUAUCUGAAUUUAUGUGGGCUUCUUCCUGAAGUAUUGCUGAGAGUCUGUUAAUUUGCUAAGCUUAUUGGACCAGUGGAAAACAACAAACAAAUCCCUCUUUUGGGGGAAUAACAAAAUUUGUGUUGCCCUCAGUUUGGGAUUUAGCACUUGUCAUGUCGCUUUGAUUCAUCUUGCUACAUGCUCUAUAGCUUAGGCUUGUUUCGUGAAGGCUUAUUUCUAAGCUAUUGAGAGAAAAACAGCCUGUGUUUAGGGGGGAAAAAAGGUAAAAUAAGAAGUUAGAUUACUGCUCUGAAAGCCUUCACCCCUGUACAUUGGGAAGGAAACUGUGUUUGAAGAGGUAAGUGCUGAUAAUGCUCCACAUUCUGUUUCAAAUCUCCUUUGGAAGAGAAUGGAAAAUUUCUCUUCCUUGCAGACCGUGGCUGUGUAGCUAGGUCUGUCCAAGAUGCAAUGUGAGGGGAGGCUCUAGGAUCAUGUGUUCAGCUGGGAGAUGGAUGUGGAUGCGGUGGGAACAGCACAUGUUUCAAACCAGGUGAUGGGAAGCUCUCCUCACAGCAGUGAUACAGAGGUGCAAGUCUUGAGCUGCUGACGUUCCUGAACUUCAGCUUUUUUACUUCUGACUAGUCAACAUGCUCCCUGCUCAGUGUGUAGCUCCCAGCCCCCUUCCCUGUGAAUACUUCCUCUGCUCUUGACAGCCACUUAUCUUACAUUAAGGUUUGCCACUAGCUAAUAUAUUCUCUACUACAUAUUGGUAAACCUAAUGAAUCUAUUUUCUAUACUUGAUAUGUACUUAAAGGUAGUGUCAGUUUGGAUAUAACAAGAUAAUUACGGCUGCCAAAAGUCAUUAGUCACUUAAGUAUACUCUUGGUGUUGAAUGAGUAAUGCUUACAAACCACUAAAGAGAUGCUGUGUUGUUUAAAACAACUGUAUAAGGUGCAUACUCUGUCUUGAAACUGAACGUGCUUCAACUGUGUCAGGUCAAGUGUGCAGUUACUGAGGACGCUUGAUUUGAAGCAUUACUAAUCUCGCUGUAUGACCUCUUUCAUUGAGGCAGGGUAGGGGAGCACAGGGUACUGAUGUGUGCUAAUUCUUUGCCUAGUUGUAUU